UUACCUUGUCAUCACUGUGCAAAACAGGUUCUCAAAAAUAUUAGAAGCAAUUCAUAGCUGGUUAUUCAACAAACAUAAUCCCAUUGACAACAUACAACUGACAAUCACUUGCCACUAAAUUCAAAAAUAGUCACAAGCAUAUAUUAAAAAUAUUAUGCAAAUGCCCAAUAUGAAGAAGAAGCAUAUAUUUAUAAUCAAACUGUCAUCCUAGUAGCCUAUAUAUUGAGUAGAAAGUAUUUAGGCCAGAUAACUUAUUUAGCCAUUAAUUUAUCUCCAGUUAGUAAAUGACCUAUUCACUGUUACUAUUCAAGUCUUAUUUGUCCUCUUCAGGAAUUAGUGUCAUGGCUACCUACUGACCAUUUCUAAGAUAUUACUCUUCAGAACUACACAAUGCGUCCUUUUCUCUUGCCCAUAGUACUCUGUCUGGGUUAGCAUUGCUGCCCUUGCGCCUAGUAUCGUGAGUAAAAAAAUGUAAGCUGAGUAGUAGGAUUGUGAUAUUCAUGUAUAGCCCACCACCUUCUCACUCUGAGCUAUUUUUUGUGUUAAUGCAACACCUGAUGUAAGAUCUGUAAGACCUGGUUGAUAGCCAGGCCAGGCGACUUUAUCUGCCCCCUCAGUACUAGAGGAAACAGCCUUCACCACAAACAUAACAGUGGUUAUGGCAGGAUAUGAGUUACAAGCCCAUCUAUGUUGUUUAUGCUAUGCAUGGGAACCUGUAGCUACAGAUCACAGAGUACAAAUACAAAGAUGGAUGACCAUGUAGUGGUUUGAUGAAUUAGGUGACGGUAUUUACUGGGAUAAUGUCACAUUUUUGCAAUAGUGUUCAGGUGAGAGCCAUCACCUCCUAGCUGUGUGAGAGUGACAUGCGAAUGUGUGAGCCAAAGUAAUGAAUCAAGUUUUCUCCUCUGAAGCAGCAAUGUAUCCUAUGUUGUAAAUUACAUACUUUAUCACUAAGAUCUUUAAAUCAGGAAAACUUGGAAUAUACAGAUUGCUUGAAAAUAUUUUGUGUUGCCGGGGAGAUGAGAAUAAAAAAAAUAAACAAUUGUGGUAAUGGAAGAUGGAAUGGUCAUCAUUGUGCUGUUGCAGAGGAUUCCUGCUCUGUUCCUGAGUAUAAAUAAGUUGCUUGAAUGACGUUGAGUUCCAAACAAAGCCAGUGAGGAAUGCCAGUAAAUGCUGGAAGAUGCAUAACUUAGUUUUUGCCUGUUGCCUCUCAUCAUCCAAAGUAUCUUAGUCAGUAUCUAUAGUGCCAGCAACAAUACAUAAAACUAAAUAUGAAAUUCAUGUGUGGUACAAUGACUAUAAAAACCAGGACAAUAUACUGUCUGCUACUCUCAAAUGAGCACUUAUUAAUGGGAAUGUCCCAGAUGUAUGUCCACUAUCAUCAUUACUGAUCCAGAGCGUCUACAGAGGGAUAAAAUACAUUACGUCUUAUAAAGCAUUUUAAAGGUUAAACCAUUUUUAAAGGUUAAACCAUUUAUUAAGCCCUCCCUGACUUUCAAUUUACACUAAGAAGCAUAGGCCUGACUGCAUAGGCCCCAGCCCCUGUUUACUGCUGCAGAGGGAGCGCUGUGCUGUCUCCCAGCAGAUUGUCUUAUCAGUGACUGACAUAGUAGCACCACAGCUCAGCUGAUAGGAGGGAUCCAGCCCAACGGAACUCUGUGUGCCUGGUCGUCGCAUGUCCCAAACAGUUUAACACAGAACAUCACCCAAACACACAUCUAGUACAUGUAGCCAUCUCUAGUGGGUCUACCUUUAUGGAGGGUUCCCUGCAACCACAGCCUGUCCUGAAUGUGUGCAGCAGCCAACUAUAUACUCCCACUGGGGAGACAAAGUGAGGGCUUGGCGAAUCCGGGCAGGCUGUGUGGGGGGGUGUCGAUGCCCACCCAUGCCCCUGGAGCCCGGUCACGUGGAGCCCCCCACGACCCAGAGAUGGACCUGGCCUGGCAGGAACUGAUGGCCAUCACAGAUCUUCAGGAGUUUGAGGUCCCCCAUGAUGGCCCAUAUGAAAGUAUUCAGUACCAUCCCACAGAGCCACCUAGAUCUCUGGGAAGUUAUAGCAUAGCUCAGUCGCACUCUCAUACACAGUCUCUCCCCUGUUGUGGUGAGACAAACCGUGAUGUUGCAUAUGAGGGAACCUACUCUGAUGUAAUGCCAGCCUGCCAGCAUCAGGCUACCAGUGAAUUAACUGAGGCACUGUACAGACAUUCUGGAACUCAUUCUGGAGCCCAGCUGAAUCCCAGAGUUCUGAACCCUCUGCCACCACCGCAGAUGAAUUUUCUAGAACAAAUGAGUCUGAUGAGUGUCAGUGGUGAGGGGUCUGUUGGAAAAGACAAUGCUGGCCUCUCUCAAGGUUCGAGUCGACACAUGCUAGGGACUGAUCACAGGCAGGGCAAACACCAACCAUGCACUGUGGAUGAUCUGGAGUCUGACUCAGGCCUAUCGCUGGGGUCUAGCCCACCGCUGGCCUCACCGGAUGAUGUCAUGACCGGCAUACCUGCUUGUUCAAGCACAGAGGUUGGUCUGAACUAUAGUCACAGGGGGAUGGAGAGUAUGGGUGAGCAAGAGAGGAGAGCUAGCCUCCUGUACUCCUUGGAUUAUCAGCAGCAUCCUACUCAGUCCUACCCCUACUCAGGGCCGCACCCCUCUUACUUCCCUGUAACACAACCAUCCCAAAUGCAACCACAGCCUCACUUCCUGCCUCCCAUGUCAAUGAAACAUCAACAGGGUUUACCGGGUGCAUUGAAUGACUUGCACCUUAACAGCUCUGUCAGCAUAGGGAGCUCUUCUCAGGCGUUUUAUGUAAAACCCAGAGGCAACCCUCCUCCUGUCCCUCUGAGCCGGGACGAACGCAGAGCUCACGCCCUCAAGAUCCCUUUCCCUCUGGGGAAGAUCAUCAACCUACCUGUGGACGACUUCAACGAGCUCCUGACCAAGUACACGCUCACGGACUCCCAGCUCGCCCUCGUCAGAGACAUCCGCCGGCGGGGGAAGAACAAGGUGGCGGCUCAGAACUGCAGGAAGAGGAAGCUGGAGAAUAUAGUUUACCUGGAGGGAGAGCUGGGUCAACUGCAGGCUCAGAGGGAUCACCUGGCCAGAGAGAGAAUGGAGUUCCAACACAACCUGGCUAUUGUUAAACACCGCCUCACAGACUUGUAUGCGGAAGUGUUCUCUCAGCUCCGGGAUGAGGAUGGACAUCCCUACUCUAUAGAGGACUACUCUCUACAGCAGACCGCUGAUGGGAACGUGUACCUGGUGCCACGUACUGACGUGUUGGAUGGAGAAUGAUGAAAUCUAUUGGACAGGCAUUGUAUACUGCCUCACUGUUUCUAUACCAUUAUGAAAUGUUGAUACUACAGUACAGUAAGAGCCAAUAAGUAUACUGAAAAAAAAUAUAAAAACAAUUUCAAAGAGUUUCACUAAGUUACAGUUCAUAAGUUAAUUAAAAUAGAUCAAUUAGGCCCUAAUCUAAGGAUUUCACGACUGGGAAUAGAGAUAUGCAUCUGUAGGUCACAUACCUUUAUAAACAUUUUUUUUAAUGGGCCUCAGGAUCUCACCACAGUAUCACUGUGCAUUCAAACUGCCAUUGCCAAAUGCAAUUGUGUUCAUUGUCUGUAGCUUCUGCCUGCCCAUACCAUAACCCCACUAUGGUGCACUCUGUUGACAUCAGCAAACCACUCACCCACACACGUUGUCUGCGGUUGCGAGGCAGGUUGGGCGUACUACUGAGCUGUUUAAUCAGCUUCUUGAUAUGCCACACCUGAGUUGGAAGGAUUAUCUUGGCAAAGAGUAAUGCUCACUAACAGGGAUAUAAACAAAUGUGCACAAAAUGAGAAAUAAUUUUUGUGCAUCUUAUUUCAGCUCAUGAAACAUGGGACCAACAUGUUGAAAGUAUAUGGCAGCUAAAAGUUUAGAUACUGUGCUCAUGUACAAGCGAGUCAAUAGUUAGUUACAAGUGAAGUCAUAUGGCUAUGCUUGUUCUGGAUACAUUUUAUUCAAUGUUGUAAGACCAGUGCCUUCAGAAAGUAUUUAUACCCCUUGACGUAUUCCAUAUUUAUUGAAGUAUUCACACCCAAAUCAAAAGCUGAUCUAAGUCAAAACUAGGCCACCCACAUUCAAUGUAGUCUUGGUAAGCAACUUGUGUAUAUUUGGCUGUGUUUCAGGUUAUUGUCCUGUUGAAAGGUGAUUUUGCCUCUUAGGGUCUGAUGGAAAGCAGACUGAACCAGAUUUCCUUUAGGCUUUUGCCUGUGCUCAAUUCCAUUGAACUAAAGAGAAGGAAAAAAAAAAAAAAAAGUUGCCCUUGCGGAUAAGAACACCCAUAACAUGAUGCAGCCACAACCGUACUUAAUGUGUCGAAUUUGCCCCAAGCAUAACACUAUUCAGGGCAUAGUAAUAUCUUGCAAACCGGAUGCAUGGUUGGAAUAUUUGUUCUGUACAGGCUUCCUUUUCACUCAUUUAGGUUAGCAUUGUGGAGUAUCAAUGUUGAUCCAGCUUCAGUGUCCUCCCAUCAGCCAUUAAACAGUUUUAAAGUCACCAUUGGCCACCAUCUCCAGCAGCAGCGUUUUGAAGGACACCUGUAUCUUUAGUGUAAUUAGUAAUGUCACCAUGUGCAAAGUGACAUUCAAUAACUCCCUGGUCUUGAUGUUAGAAAUGCACUGCUCAACCUCAAAGAUAAUUAAUUGUAUGUGUGGGGUACAGAGAUGAGGUAGCCAUUCAAAUCAUACUUACGGCACUGAGUCCAUGCAACUACCUAAGCAAAUUUACUCUGCAAAAUAGUCACUCCACAUUAGUGGUCGACAUCUUUACACAUUUCAAAAAACAAUUCCACUGACAUGGGGUAUUGGUGUAGGACAGUGACGAAGUUGCAAUUCAUUCCAUGAAAGUUCAGGCUGUAACAAGGUUGAAAAACUCAAGUGGUGUGCAAACUUCCUGGUCAUGCAAUCAAGACAUACAUUUGGGGAAAUUAUAUUAUGUCCCUGCAUGAAUUGUAUUAGAGGAUGAAAAUUGUUUACCAACUAUGCAGCUGUUUAAGCAUAGUAUUUAGCAAAUGACAGACCAAAAUAGAAGAUAUUUAUGUAAAAAUAUUUUAUUGAUAAACAGACGUGGGUAAAAAAAACAAGUUAAAUCCUGCACAGCAGUAACAAAAAAAAAAACGACCAUUGCAUUUCUCCAGGCACCCUAAAACAGAAGACAAAUCACAACAGCCUUAGAGAUGAGGCUUCAGAUAUUCCCCCACAAUAAAAAUGGUGAAUAUUUCCAACCGUUAUUAAACGGUCACUUACCUUGUGCAAUGUUACGGUGUGCAACGUCAUCAUGCUUUCAGUAGCAGUCCUUCAGAGCAGAGUUAGUUUCCUAGGAAAUAUCAGAAGAAAAGUAGACUGAGACAAUACAACAUUGAAAGGUGUUAGUCUUACCAUUUCAUAGUUUGACUGCCAACAUAAGCAUGCAUUACAAGGAUUGUAGCAUAUCUUUACGAUUAGCGCCAAAGGUCAAUGCCCCUUGUAUUACCAGAUGAACAGGGGGCAGUGAUUUGUACUAAAACAUCUCUGCACAUCCAAAUAAACUGUACAUGGUCA